AUGGGGAAUCAUUUAGAGAAACCUGAAGAAAUUUUGAAAGGCAUCGAAGCAUCACACUUUGUUAAGAAGUUAAGAAAGGCAAUUAUCAAAGAUAAUCAUGGUGUUUGUCAAAGGGAAAGUCAAAGUCGAGUAAUCCUGGAUAAUCGCAUUCGAUUAAAACCCGUUGAAGAAUUGAUGCAUUCUUACUAUCGAUUUAUCUGGAACAGUAACUUUUCUUCUCCUGUGGAACAAAAGUUACAAAGUGGGGCGAAUGUACUUGACCUCGAAUGUGGUUUUGGGCAAUGGCUUAUAGAUCUUUGUAACGAAUAUCAAGCGUGCGAUUAUGUGGGUAUCGAUUAUGAAGGAAAUUUUCAAAGUCAAAACAACGUUCCAAAGAAUUUAAAAUUUCGCAAGCAUAACAUUCUUAAUGGCAUUCCGUAUGAGGAUAAUACAUUUGAUUUUAUUCAUAUGCAAAUCAUGAUGAAUUCAUUUACGGACGCUGAAUGGAAAACCCUUAUAGUGCCAGAAAUUUUUCGAGUUUGUAAACCUGGUGGUUGGAUAGAAAUCAUGGAUUCGGAUUAUGAGGUUUUUAACAUAGGACCUAAAACGGGAUUUUACUACCAAAUGUUUUUAAGUGUUAUCGACAUCAAUCAAAACAGAUCAUCUAAUUUGAAUCAAUUGCAAGACAUCAUGAAUGGAUAUCAAGAACUUGGCUUUACAAUUAUUAAAGAAAAGAUAAGCGCCUGGUAUCCAAUUCACCCUCAAAAUUCCGAUGAGACUUUUGAAAUCGUGCCCGAAAUCCUGAAUUCGCUGUACCCAUUCAUGUCAAAUUCAUCAGAAUUCAAAAUCAAUCGUGCGGAUUACACGAAAUUAUCGCAGCAAAUAAUUAAAGAAAUUGCUGAUAAUAAAUCAUAUAGUAAAACUUAUAGGAUGAUAACGCAAAAGCAUUUAUGA